CCUCCCUGCCCGAACUAGAGGCGUGCAGCACUCCGCAGCCAGAGAGUGUACGGAAGGCUUGUCUGGGAACAACCAAACUCGGGAACAUGUUUGCAGUACACUUGGUGGCGUUUUACUUCACCAAGCUGAAGGAGGACCAGAUUAAGAAGGUGGACAGGUUCCUGUAUCAUAUGCGACUCUCGGAUGAGACCCUUGAAGACAUCAUGGCCCGGUUCCAAGCCGAGAUGGAGAAAGGCUUAGGGAAGGACACCAACCCCACUGCCUCAGUGAAGAUGCUGCCCACGUUCGUCAGGGCCAUUCCAGAUGGCUCAGAAAAUGGGGAAUUCCUUUCCCUGGAUCUCGGAGGAUCCAAGUUUCGGGUCUUGAAGGUGCAAGUCUCCCAAGAGGGCAAGCAAAAUGUCCAGAUGGAGAGCCAGUUCUACCCAAUGACCAAUGAAAUCACCCGUGGGAAUGGCACGGAGCUCUUUGACUACGUAGCCGACUGUCUGGCAGAUUUCAUGAGGACCAAAAAUCUGACGCAUAAGAAGCUGCCUCUAGGUUUCACCUUUUCUUUUCCCUGCAGACAGAAUAAGUUGGAAGAGGGCUUCCUGCUUUCAUGGACCAAGAAGUUCAAAGCCCGGGGAGUUCAGGACACAGACGUGGUGAGCCGCCUGGCAACCGCCAUGAAAAAGCACAAGGACCUGGACGUGGACAUCCUGGCCUUGGUUAAUGACACUGUGGGGACCAUGAUGACUUGUGCUUAUGAUGAUCCCAACUGUGAAGUCGGCGUUAUCAUCGGAACAGGCACCAACGCAUGCUACAUGGAGGACAUGAGUAACAUCGAUCUUGUGGAAGGGGACGAGGGAAGGAUGUGUAUCAACACGGAGUGGGGGGCCUUCGGGGACGACGGGGCUUUGGAGGACAUCCGCACCGAGUUUGACAGAGAGCUGGACCUGGGCUCACUCAACCCCGGAAAGCAGCUGUUCGAGAAGAUGAUCAGCGGGCUGUACAUGGGGGAGCUGGUCAGACUCAUCUUGCUGAAGAUGGCCAAAGUCGGUCUCCUGUUUGGGGGUGCAAAAUCUUCCGCUCUCCAUACGAAGGGCAAGAUCGAAACGCAGCACGUCGCUGCCAUGGAAAUGAGUAAAGAAGGCCUGGCUAACACGAGAGAGAUCCUGGUGGAUUUGGGCCUGGACCCCUCUGAGUCAGACUGCAUCGCCGUCCAGCACGUAUGCACCAUCGUCUCUUUCCGCUCGGCCAAUCUCUGCGCGGCCGCUCUGGCCGGCAUCCUGACUCGCCUCCGAGAGAACAAGAAGCUGGCCCGGCUCCGCACCACAGUGGGCAUGGACGGAACCCUCUACAAAACACACCCUCAGUACCCCAAACGCCUACACAAGGUGGUGAGGAGACUGGUCCCAAGCUGUGAUGUCCGCUUCCUCCUGUCAGAGAGCGGAAGCACCAAGGGGGCCGCCAUGGUGACUGCAGUGGCCUCUCGGGUGCAGGCCCAGCGCAAGCAGAUCGACAAGGUGCUGGCUUUGUUCCAGUUGACCCCAGAGCAACUCCGGGGUGUGCGGGACAAGAUGCGGACUGAACUAGAGUACGGGCUGAAGAAAAAGACCCACGCUCUGGCUACCGUGAAGAUGCUUCCCACCUAUGUCUAUGGAAUGCCUGACGGCACAGAGAAAGGAAAGUUCCUUGCCCUGGAUUUGGGGGGGACUAACUUCCGAGUCCUCCUGGUGAAGAUCAGACGGAGGUCAGUGCGAAUGUACAACAAGAUCUUCGCCAUCCCUCUGGAGAUCAUGCAGGGCACUGGCGAGGAGCUCUUUGACCACAUUGUACAGUGCAUCGCUGACUUCCUGGACUAUAUGGGCCUCAAGGGCGCCCAACUGCCUUUGGGCUUCACCUUCUCCUUCCCCUGCAGACAAACAUGCAUCGACAAGGGGACUCUAGUAGGGUGGACCAAAGGCUUCAAGGCCACCGACUGUGAAGGAGAGGAUGUGGUGGACAUGCUCAGAGAAGCCAUCAAGAGGAGAAAUGAGUUUGACCUGGACAUAGUUGCAAUCGUGAAUGACACGGUGGGGACCAUGAUGACCUGUGGCUAUGAGGAUCCCAGGUGUGAGAUUGGCUUGAUUGCAGGGACAGGAAGCAACGUGUGCUAUAUGGAGGAAAUGAGGAACAUAGAGCUGGUGGACGGGGACGAAGGCCGGAUGUGCGUCAACACCGAGUGGGGCGGGUUUGGCGACAAUGGCUGCAUCGAUGACCUCCGCACCCAGUAUGACAAGGAGGUGGAUGAGGGCUCCCUGAACGCCGGCAAGCAGAGAUACGAGAAAAUGACCAGUGGGAUGUACCUGGGAGAGAUCGUGAGGCGGAUCCUGAUCGACCUCACCCGGCAGGGGCUCCUCUUCCGAGGGCAGAUUUCAGAGCGACUCCGGACCAGGGGUAUCUUUGAAACCAAAUUCCUGUCCCAGAUUGAAAGUGACCGGCUGGCCCUCCUGCAAGUCAGGAGGAUCCUGCAGCAGCUGGGCCUGGACAGUACGUGUGAAGACAGUAUAGUGGUGAAGGAGGUGUGCGGGGCCGUGUCUCGGAGGGCUGCCCAGAUGUGCGGUGCCGGCAUGGCUGCCAUCGUGGAGAAGAGGAGGGAAGACCAGGGCCUGCAGCACUUCAAGGUCACCGUGGGCGUGGAUGGCACUCUGUACAAGCUGCACCCACACUUUUCUCGGAUACUGCAGGAGACGGUGAAAGAGCUGGCCCCUCAGUGCGAUGUGACAUUCAUGUUGUCAGAAGAUGGCAGUGGGAAGGGAGCAGCUCUGAUCACAGCUGUAGCCAAGAGGUUACAGCAGCCACGGAAGGACAACUAGGUGGCCCAGCAGGGUGAUGAUGACCAGAGACCACCAGACGACCUCCUGGCUGACCUUCCUCUCUCAGUAACUCUAGGCAUCCUGGUGCCGGCUUGGCAGUGACACUCGGUGACACCUCUAUUUGGCGUACUUUAGCCAAAGAUGGGCUGACUUUCAAAAUCAAAGGAUCUGGUCCCAAAGACUCCUUUUUGGCAAGUCUUUCACUAGAGCUGUGAGCGUUCAGUAGGAUCAGGUCUUGGGGUUGCUGGAUUAAGCUGGCAUUAAGCUACCUCUGGUGGGAGAUUGGGCCUGAACCCUUGAGAGGGAGAAAGGCUUAGUGAACUAGGGGAUCUAGGUCAACAUGGCCUCACCUAUCAUGUUGGCGUUAUAGGCACCGGGGGUUUGGGGGGAACAAGGGCUUUGGCACCCGCAUCUCCGAGUGUGGAGGAGUCCACUGCCCUGGAGCCAGGAGGAAUCGCACCCACUUCAGGCCACUCUGUGAGCACCUGGGGUGUCAUCCCCCAUGUGUGUAUUGUGGGGUGGGACACCAUUGCAGGUACUGUUUUCAUUCAUGUGACACAGUAGGUGUCGCUGCUGUCUGCAUUUGUUUCAAGGACCGUUAGGUAUAUGAAAUACGGUCUGUGAAUAAAAGAAACUUGGGUUUCCAGGAA